UCCCUAGCUUAGGUAAAUGUGGUACUGCAGAAUCCCUAGAGUCAUAAACAUAAUUCGAAGGUGCUGCAAAAUUUGGGGUCAUGGACUGGGAAGGGUGAUGAAUCUGAGAGUAAGCAACAUAUUGUUGUUAUUGCUGCUGCUGCUGACUAUUAGGAAUCUGAAAAAACUGAGGCCUGUCUCGCAGGAACAUAAUAAACCUGGUAUUGUUGAUCAACCAGAUGGUGAUGCCGGGGAGAGAAAGGAGAGCAUAGCAGUGAGAGCACCGUCCUCCCCGCCAGACCACCUAGCCCCCACGCGCCUCCAUCCCCGUCACCUCCUCUUCUCCCAAAUUCUCCUCCUCAUCCCAACCCCAAGUUCCAAAACCCAUCUCUCUGAUUCUCUCCUUCCUGCUCCUCCUCCCUCCACCCGACCCAAAAUAUCUUCCUCCGGCUUCAGACUCGCCCCCAACACCCUCACCGAGCCAGUUCGGGAGCUCGUCGUGUUCCCCAACCCUUACCGUGAGGAUCCCGGUAAGGCUCUUCGCGAUUGGGAUCUCGGGACAAAAAUUUCUAGAGGUUUUGGAGCAUGUUCGUCUUCCCCUCGUUAACUCUCAAAUCUGAACCCCUCUUCUCUCUUGUUUUGGUUGUAGAAAUUAGUAAUAAGGAGUAGAGUACUAAUGCUGAUGAUAGAUUGAUAAGGUUUCCAUUUAACAGUGUGAAUACAACAGAUUAGAAACUGGAGGUGAAGAAGGAUCUAGAUCUAGAUCUAGAUCUGUUCUGUCAUGGUUUUAGAGUUUAAUUUUUUUUGUUGAUAUUUUUAUCUUUUGUAAAUUAGUAAAAACACCUUGGUCCAUGGGUGGACCAAAAACUAAAGUUGCCCACCCUAGUGGGCACCAGCAUAAGGCAGCACAAGGCAACUGCUUUAGAAGCCUAACGAGACUUUCUUGACUAGGACUGUUUUUAGUAUGCAAGGAAAAGUGGGAGCACUGUAACCAAGUAAGCAAAAUACAUCCCCAAUGACUUGUAGACAAUAUGUGUUUAACACUUUAACUUAAAGUCUUAAACUAUUUGUUUUGUUUUGUUUUAUCCUAUGUUUAAGCAAAAUGGGCAUUGAUCCAUUAGCAAAAAGAUAUAUACUUUGUAUUGUUUUCUAAAUUUUCAAGCAUACUAAUUAUAUAUCUGUGGCACUCCUAAAAGAAGCAGGUAUGUUUUGGGUCAAUCUAUAAGACCCCAAGUAAACUCUGCAGAAGUUUUAUUUUGUUACAAUAUUAUAAUAUAUGGCAUGUAAUAAAGUGGUCCAUAUGCUAUCAUGCCUCAAUUGAAACA